AUGGGCCAGACAGUUGUGAUACUUAGUGAUCCACAACUUGCCUUUGAUCUCUUGGACAAGCGCUCAUUGAAGCAUUCCUCGAGACCUUCACAAACGUUCAUUGGCGAGAUGGUCGGUCUAGAGCACAUCACCGGCAUGGCCGUCUAUGAUGAACGGUUCCGCGCACAGCGCAAGGCUAUGGGCCGGAUUCUCGGCUCAAAGAUGGCUGCAGCAAAAUAUAAUGAGUGGCAAGAGGCCGAAGUCGGGCAUCUUCUUCUGCAUCUGCUAGAUAGCCCGCAAAACUUUAUAGAACAUAUCAAGAAGGAAGCCGGUUCCCUCAUCCUCAAGAUUACGUACGGCUACACAGCUGAACAGUUCAAGAAAGAUCCCUUUCUCGAGAUGAUUACCGAAACCAUGGACAACUUUUCGACGGGCGCUACACCUGGUGCCUUCUUAGUUGAUGUUUUCCCCUUUCUGCGAUAUCUACCCAACUGGGUUCCUGGGACCGGUUUCAAACAGCUCGCAAAGGAAUGGAGAGCCCAGAUGGAGGAGACCAGAGACAAACCGUAUGCCUUCGUCCAACAUCAAAUAGCGCAGGUCAAGGACAACUCGUCUUACUUGGCCAACCUUCUCGACUCUCCUGAGCAAUCACUAUUCGACCAACACAACCACAAACACUCGGCGCUAGCUGUAUUUGGAGGAGGUGCAGACACGACGGUAUCGACAGUCGCAUCGUUCUUCCUGGCGAUGAUGGUGUACCCCGACAUCCAGAAGAAGGCCCAGGAGGAAAUCGACAGAUUUAUUGGUAGUGGAAGAUUGCCGACUACUAAAGAUCGGGAGAACCUUCCUUACAUCGAAGCUCUCGUGAAAGAAAUUAUGCGCUGGCAUCCUAUUGGCCCCAUGGGCCUGCCCCAUUCUAGCACGGAGGAUGACGUUUUCGAGGGCUACUUCAUUCCGAAAGGAGCCAUGGUACUUCCCAAUAUUUGGUGGUUCACUCAUGACCCAGAGCGGUACCCCGACCCGAUGAACUUCAAGCCCGAGCGCUUCCUGGCCCCUAAUUAG